AUUGGAGCGGGGAGGUGAGUUUGAACUCCUCGAAUGUUGUCGUUGGUCGCUUUUACAAAUUAGUAGUGUAUUACAUGCAACCUAUCUGGAAAACUUCGUCCGAAUUUCUCUCCAACGGAUGCUGAUUGGCUAGUGAACAUUAAACUGAAAUUUUGUUUUGGAAAAAUUUACACACUUAACGUUUCCGCGUAUCUGUUUAACCGGACUUCCUAUGGCUUUCCUUAUCGGUGGCAUAGAAGGAGGUGCUACGAUUUCUCGAAUGGUUUUACUGGACUCCUCAGGAAAUCAGUUAGGUUAUAGUGAAGGACCUCCCACAAAUCCAUGGUUACUAGGUUUAGAAGAAGCUGCUGAACGUAUUUUGAAUCUCGUAAAAGAUGUAUUAAUCAAUUCUAACCGACAACCAACAGAAACACUUGCCCGUCUAGGUCUAUCAUUGAGUGGUGCCGAUACUGAAGCAAACCAAAAUGAGCUAGUUAAUGCUAUCAAAAAACACUGUCCAAAUGUCGCACAAGAAAUUCAUAUAUGUAAUGACAGUAUUGGUACCUUUUUAACAGUAUGUGAUAAAGCCGCAAUAAUAUUAAUUUCUGGAACAGGAUCAAUAUGUUGUUAUGUACGAGAAAAUUUAACAUUUCAACGUAUCGGUGGUUAUGGACAUUUACUAGGUGAAAAAGGUUCAGCUUACUGGAUUGCACAGAGAAUGAUAGAAAAACUCAUUUUAUCAGACGACAAAAUUAUAGAUACUACUUAUAACUUGGAUAAUGUACGUAGAGUUAUUUAUGCCUAUUUUAAUGUAGAAAAUAAUCUAGAAUUACUUCAACAUUUCUACACAGAUUUUAGUAAAAAUAAAGUUGCUGGACUAUGUGAACAUUUUUCUCGAAUUGCUCGAACUGGAGAUCCGUCGGCUAAAGAUGUGUUUUAUGAUGCCGGUGUUCAAUUGGCCCGACAUGUCAGAGCUGCCUUAUAUUACUAUGUUAUGGAUUCAAUGUCUCGCAGUCAAAACUUAACAGUUGUUUGCUGUGGUUCAGUAUUCAAGAGUUGGGAUCUAAUCAAAGAUGGUUUUAAAGAUUUUCUGAAACCGUCUGAAAAUAGCGAAUGGACAGGGACCUUAGAAUUAGUUCAACUAAAGCAUAGUGCAGCUUAUGGUGCCGCUCGUCUUUCUGUUCACUCUGAUUCCAAAGUGACUAUCCCUACAGACUCAGGUGUACAGUUUGAUAAAAUUUCGUUCGGUGUCACUUUUUAAUACUUCAACAUAUGUGUGCAUUAACUUUUAUAUUGUUAAGACUAUAAAACGGAUUUUCUUUGUAAGCAACAAUAAUUUCCAGGGUUUUUUUAUAGUUUUUAGUAUUUUUCUGUAUUGUUUAGUAGUAUUUUCAAUUUCAAUAUUAUUCCUCUGUGUGCUUAUUUAUUGGUUUGGUUUAAUGAGAAAAAGCAAACAAAAUUGAUAGGACUUCUUUUCCUAACUCUCUUGGUUACAUUAAUGUAUUUAAGAAACUAUUGGGAAAGUAUACAAUGGUUACCUUUAACAACUUUUAGAUGAGAUUAAAAAUUUUCAUACUUGAAAUCAUGAGUCAAUUGAAGCUAGACUACCAUGGAAAACCUGUAAGCACUGGA